GUUCUUCGUUUUCCUUCGUCUUAAUAAAAAUAUAGAAGUUUCCAUGCUUUUUCACAUCUUUACAGCGGAAUUAGCAAUUUAUUUACUUUGUUAAACUUGAAACAAGUAUAGAAUUUGACUUGGGAAACAUAUUAUUUUUAAAGAAUAUAAUACUGUUUUUACGAAAUAGGACUUGGAGAGUUUAAUAGCAAUUUGCAAAGGAAAGGACAGGGUCAAAUCAUUUAAGCAGAAACAUGGCCGAAGAUUUUGAUGUAGAAGCAAUGCUGGAGGCGCCGUACAUGAAAAAUAAUGUCAGCCGGGGAGAUCGUGAUUCCAGCAGCAGCCGAAAAUCACCAUGCAGGGAAUAUGAGGAGAGCGGUAGCGGCAAGGGUGGAAGCAAAUCAUCAUCAUCUGCUCACUUGAAUGGUCGAAAACAAUACUCUCGAAGUCGUUCUGGUUCACCACAUGCUUCUACAGACGAACGCAAGUUGCAUAAAUCGAAGGAUAGUGAACGUACUCGUGAUAGAGACGAAAGCCGUUAUUCAAGAGAUAGAGAUCGUCCACGCGACAAAGAUCGCACACGUGACCGUGAUCGCGAUCGAGAUCGUAACGGUGAACGUGAGCGACGUUAUGGUUCACAAGAUCGUGAACGGGAACGGGAACGUGAUCGUGAUCGGGAACCUGAGAAGCGCCGAAGCCGCUCUAAGGACAGACGUCGCAGCAGUAGAUCACGGGAUCGUGAUCGACAUUCCAGAGAAAGGCGUGGUAGUAGACCACAAUCGGAACGACGACGUAGUCGCUCGCCUAUACGUGAUCGUCGCUCUAGAGAUAAAAAACUGAGUCCCAUACGUGAAUUCAAAGGAGGUCGUCCAGGUUAUGGCUCAAGGGAAAAAAGCAGGCGUCGCAGUAAUUCACCCCGACCUUUCCGACGCGGCCGAACUCCACCCAAUGGUCUUGGCGAUCGUUCGCCUCGUGCUGAUCUUAGUCCAGAGGAACGUGAUGCACGUACCGUAUUUUGUAUGCAACUAUCACAACGCAUACGCGCACGCGACUUGGAAGAGUUUUUCUCCAGUGUUGGCAAAGUACGAGAUGUUCGCCUAAUCACCUGCAAUAAAACAAAACGAUUUAAGGGUAUAGCAUACAUUGAAUUCAAAGAUCCAGAAUCCGUUGCACUUGCACUGGGUUUGUCUGGUCAAAAAUUAUUGGGCAUUCCAAUUUCUGUACAACAUACACAGGCUGAGAAAAAUCGUAUUGCAAAUGCUGUACCCACUUUCACACCUAAAAAUCACACAGGACCAAUGCGUUUGUAUGUAGGUUCGCUGCAUUUUAAUAUAACUGAGGAUAUGCUUCGAGGUAUUUUUGAACCAUUUGGAAAAAUAGAUUCAAUUCAGUUGAUUAUGGAUACUGAAACUGGUCGUUCUAAGGGAUACGGAUUUAUUACGUACCACAACGCGGAUGAUGCCAAGAAGGCUUUGGAGCAAUUAAAUGGUUUUGAAUUGGCUGGUCGGCCCAUGAAAGUCGGAAAUGUGACUGAACGUUUAGAUAUGAAUACAUCUUCUUUGGAUACCGAUGAAAUGGAUCGAAGUGGUAUAGAUUUGGGUGCAACGGGCAGAUUACAAUUAAUGUUCAAACUAGCAGAAGGCGCUGGCUUAGCAGUACCACAAGCUGCGGCAAAUGCGUUAUUAGCCACUGCACCACAGCCAGCACCCAUUCAAACACAGGCGCAAACUCCGGCAAUAGCUACGCAAUGUUUUAUGUUGUCCAACAUGUUCGAUCCCCGUUCAGAAACAACUCCUUCAUUCGAUAGUGAAAUACGAGAUGAUGUCAUUGAUGAAUGUUCCAAACAUGGUGGUGUACUACAUAUAUUUGUUGACAAAGCAUCACCAACAGGCAAUGUUUAUUUGAAAUGUCCAAGCAUAACAACCGCCGUGCUCGCAGUUAAUGCGUUACAUGGACGAUGGUUUGCUGGUCGUGUAAUUACCGCAGCCUAUGUACCCUUACUAAAUUAUCACUCUUUAUUUCCCGAUGCGAUAACAGCAGUUAAUUUAAUGGCGUCUAAACGGAAGUCAGGAGAAUAAAUUUUCAAACUAUAUCAUACAUAUUAAUAAUAGGUAUAUUAAUAAAAUCCUUAUGUCAAAGUCCAUCGACUGGUCGCUUGGGCAUAUCCACGUUAUGUUCACCAUGCAUUCCUGCUCUCUCUUAGUUGGAAUAUGCGGCUCACGCUAUCGAAUUGCAACGUUUUUGUAGAGACACAACACCCUUAGCUGAUUAACUGCAUGGGAUUUUAUUCAAGAUUUGCCUAUUUAUCUAAUCUUUCUGCUUAUUUGUAUUUUAGUAAAACUUUGGAAUUUGAUAUACUGUACAAUACACAUAAUCAUACAUAUAUUUGAACAAUAUGAUGAAUAAAAGACUUAAAAUUAA